CCUGACUCGUCAGUGGUGAAGUGAAGAAGAAGGAAUUACAGUGGUUGUUGUCUGCUAGCCGUCGUCUGCUCGCCAUGCUGCUCGCCAUCGCCUUCAACCGCUCUCCGUCAUACUCUGCCCAGACUGCUCAGAUCGAAGGGCGCGUAUCCCGGAUAGUGUACUGCGUCUUCUGUGUGUGACUGUUAUUGCGAGAAUUGGAUUCGGCGUUGCUCUUUGGAAGAGAAGCUGUAGACGGAGAAUCAAAUUCACAACAGAACAACUCAACAAGUGAACAACAAGAAGCAUCAAACUCCCUUUGUAUUCAUGAUGGCUUCCUCCAACGACGCCGUUUUCACUUCGUCAAAGGACACCGAAAAGUUCCUCUGUAACUUGUUGCUGGAUUCCACACAACCCAUCUCUGACCGCUUCAGAGCCCUCUUCUCACUUCGCAACCUCAAAGGCCCCGCCCCUCGCGAUGCCCUCGUUCUUGCCACGAGAGAUUCAUCAAAUUUGUUGGCACAUGAAGCUGCAUUUGCGUUGGGUCAAAUGCAGGAAACCGAAGCCAUUCCAGCUUUGGCAGCAGUUCUAAAUGACCUUUCUUUGCAUCCAAUUGUUCGCCAUGAGGCAGCUGAAGCACUUGGUGCUAUUGGUUCAUACGGUAACAUUCCCCUGCUGAAGAGUAGUUUGGAUUUAGAUCCGGCUCAGGAGGUCCGCGAAACUUGUGAGUUGGCUCUUGAACGUAUUCGACAUGUAAAAGAUGCUGGAAAUAGUGAUGAUUCAUCUACAACUGAUAUUUCACCUUUUAAGUCGGUUGAUCCAGCUGCACCGACAUGCUCUUGUACCUCGGUACAACAACUGAGGGAAACACUUCUGGAUGAAGAAAAAGGGAUGUAUGAGAGAUAUGCAGCUCUUUUUGCACUUAGAAAUGAUGGUGGAGAGGAAGCUGUUGCUGCUAUUAUCGAUUCAUUGUGUUCAAAAAGCGUUCUUCUACGUCAUGAGGUUGCGUAUGUUCUGGGUCAGUUGCAAGACAAAGCUGCUUCAGCUGCUCUAUCUAACAUACUUAAAGAUGUGAAUGAGCACCCAAUGGUUAGACAUGAAGCUGCCGAAGCUCUUGGAUCAAUUGCAGAUGACCAAAGUGUAGCCCUUCUUGAGGAGUUUACAACAGAUCCGGAGCCUCUUGUCUCUCAAAGCUGUCAAGUUGCACUAAGCAUGCUAGAAUAUGAGCGAUCAGGAAAAUCAUUUGAGUUCCUCUUCAUUCGAACUCCAACUGUGCAUUGAAUUACAGAAGAAGGAAAGAUGCAUGAGAUUCAAUAGAUACACACAGAAAAGGCGUAAAACAUUUAGCUGAUAAUAAUUAGCUGAUUUUUUGAAAAUUUAUUUUUAUUUACAAGUUCACACACUUUGAUUUUACCCAUCUCUUCUUCCUUUUGUACUAGAACCAUAGCACCACACCCCCAUUGCCAGAA